UGACAACAAGCACCCGARCAUUGCAAAGACGAAGUUUUCACAGCAACGACGACCAGGAAGCAAGRCAAAAAGCCAUGAAGGAACCGUGGUCCAAAAAGCACAAAAAGGAUUUCAAGGGAAGRCAAUUCAGCCUUUCGAAUUCGUUUGCACAGCCCCUUUCCCAGCCCGAGCUCGUCGCUCUCACCAAGGCCCGCAACGACCAGGCCCUCCUGGACGACUACGAACACCACGAUUUGGUGUAUACACCGAACGGUGGCAGCGACGACCUCAAGCAAGCCAUUAGCGAGUUGUACGGACCGAAAAUUUCGAAAGAAAACAUUCUCGUCUUCCCCGGUGGACAGGUCGCUAUCCAGGUGGCUGCGCAGGCGUUUGCCCGGGAUUGCCAUUCGAUCGUCUUUGUUCCGGGAUACCAAUCGACCGUGGAAUCCCCGGAAUGGGCUCUCGGCAGCAAGGGCGUCACACAGCUACAGCGCCGAGCGAGCAACCGAUGGCAGAUCGAAAUCGAACAAGUGAAAGCAUCUAUCCAAGAAACGACGAAAUACAUGGUGAUCAACGAGCCCUACAAUCCCGGAGGAAUCGUAAUGAGCCACGAGAGCCAAAACGAGCUGGUCGAACUCUGCCGGGAGCAUGGGAUCACCAUCCUCUCGGACGAGGUCUAUCGGUUGCUGGAGCACGAUCCGAAGGAUCGAAUCCCGGCCAUGGCUGAUGCCUACGAACGAGGGUUGUCGUGUGUAUCCAUGUCCAAGCCGUGGGGUGCCUGUGGCAUUUCAGUUGGUUGGCUGGCCUGCCAAGACAGAGAAAUGAUUUCYAAGCUCUGGGAUUGCCAGUAUUUUGGAACGGCCUGCAUCGGCCGAGCCUGCGAGAUCCAAGCCAUAAUGGUUGUGCGGGCCUCCGAGACUAUACUAAAGGACCGGGUUUCCAUYAUCCGGGCCAACAAAGCCCUGCUCACGGAGGUCAUCGAGGAGAAGUAUCCCGACUUUUUCGAGUGGGAACSACCGAACGCCGGUGCAAUUGCCUUCGUGAAGUUCAAGGGACCCCUAACAUCCCUGGAACUAGGGGAUUUGUUGGGUGCCAGGGGGAUAUCGAUCAAACCCGCCUACUGUUUCGUUUCCAGCGAUAAUGGUGGCAAGGGGAUACCGCCSGAGGUGGACUACUUUCGGGUGGGAUUCGGAGAGCGAAAGAUGCCGGAGGCUCUGGACGCAUUCUGUUCAGUCGUGGAGGAAUUCAAAGAUGCCUGGAGGCAAGAAAUGGAAGGAAUGAAGAAAUAAACCGAUGUCUACUUUGGACCACCAGAAAAAUUCAAACGUCAUCGACUUUCAACGCGAUGCUGCAACAUAAUACUAGUACUAGYAAAUGUUUUGAUUGAUUCAGGCAUGUUCGCAGUUUUCUUGUCCGCAACUACACGUAGUGAGCUUMCAAACCAAUACUGGAUGAGUUCAUUACAGGAAUAAUGCACCCCCGCAUCG